AGACCAAGACGUUUGACCUGCACCACUGGAUCAGCUGCUAUUCCUUCAAGGAAGACACGCAAAUGGAUAUUAACUACUUACAAGGUUCACGGCCGUGCCACAGAUAUCAGGCAAAGCUGAAGUCAAAAGCAAGAAGAAUGUCAAAUAUGUUUUGGACGGCAAACAAAGAUCUGUUCGAUGACAGCCACAAGAUUGAUCUGUCAUACACGCCACUGGUAUUAGACACAGAAGGAAGUGUUUCUACAUCUGAAAUAAAGAAAUUGAAGAGCAAGAAGAUGAGUCGCCCUCAAAAGCUAAGGACGUACUUGCCUGAGGAGAAAUCAGAAAUUUCCCCCGGUGACCUGCUGAAAACAGAUAAAAACAUAGUCUUAGUUGGUAAGGCUGGAAUUGGAAAGACAGCACUCACUCAGGAAAUGUUGAAAGUCUGGGCAGAAAGCGACAGCAAGGAGCUGGAUUACAUGUUUUACUUUAACAUGAGAGAAAUGACGUCCGACUUCAUGAGCAUGAGCUUAGAGGAGCUUCUUUUCAGUGAACCAGACGAAUUCAAAGAAGAGGUUUUAGCUGAUAUGAAGAAGAACUCUGACAGUGUUACAAUCAUUUUUGAUGGAAUCACAGAUCUUUCUUCAUCAGUGGUGCGAAGACUUGUAGAGAAAGACCUACUACCUGAUGCGAAAAUCAUCAUAACGUGCAGACCAGAUGACGAGGAGGACUUCUUCUCUUGGGACUCUCUCAGAGUGGAGGUGAAAGGCUUUAGUGAGCAGUCCAUAGAAACAUACUUCUCUGCAACACUCGGCGAACAAAAGAAUAAAGUUUGGAGCAACUUGGAGUUGUUAACACUUUGCUACGUCCCAAUGUAUGCAGUGAUGGUGGCUGCCUGCUUUUCAUCAGAAGACCCACAGCCCUGCACUAUAACUAAAGUAUACGUCAGUAUUGUUCGUUUUUGCCUUGAAAGGAAUAGCAACAAAACAAAAAUCAGGCAUCUAGAGUCCUACAUCAACAGCAAGGGGAUGGAAAUACUGUCUCUGGCUGAGGUUGCUUUUCAAGCAACUGGAGGAAAAACUGCGAACCUGACCGAACUGCCCUGCUAUGACAGCUCUGUCCUUUCCUUCCUGAAACCGCUUGUUAUCCAACGAAACUUGACUGAAAGAUAUGCCACACAUGCAUUUCUUCAUUACACAAUGCAGGAGUUUUUCGCUGCACUGUGGCUCUUGAAGAAUCCAGAUAAAGCGAAGGAUGUUCUUCAGCAGUGCCUGACUGAGGAGAUGAAACACAUGAGGCCCCUGAUCCCUUUCAUGUGUGGAUUGUUGAGUGAGAAGAGCCCGAGUUUGAUGAAGUGUCUGAUUCCAGCGGAGGAGCUGAAGAAAACAUCUAACUGGUUCUUUAAAGAAAUGACAACCACAUUUUAUCAUUGUCUGUGUGAGCAAGAUGAGGCUGAUACUGAGGACAGUGGGUCUGACGUGGACAUACUGUUCUUAUGCCGGUGCCUGUAUGAGUCCCAGUGUCCUGACGCAUGCAUCUACCUUCUGGACAAACUGGACUACUGUCUGGAUCUCGCUGGAGAGAUCCUUGAUCCUUACUCUAGCUGUGCCGUGGCCUACGUGGUCACUCAGUCAAAGAAGAAAAUCCAGCUGAACCUUGAAGACGUCAUGGUAUCAGAACAUGGAAUGAGAUGCCUGUUUGGAUGCCUUAAAAAUGUCCAAUGGUGUGAUCCUCUCCCACGGCAGCUGUGGAAGAUUUUCCUUCUCGGUGAGGGGCCGAUGGACCACAUCAGCUUACUUGCCCUUGAUGGAAAUUGGUUGCACCUUCCAGUUGAGGGUAAAAGACAGCUGUUUGAAAGAGCUGUUAAAGUCAUGCAGAAGAUUCCUACGAAGGUUAAUGUCUGUCUCUACUGGGACAGGCCGACUCCUGUCUGUCAAAGUCUAUGCGAGCUCCUCUUAGAGGCUUGGCCACACAUCAGCUCACUCAGCUUCAGGAAGACCUAUAGAGGUCCAGGAUUUCAAGACCAGGACCAGGACCAGCACCAGCACCAUGGUUCACUGGGGAGGGAAGAAAAGAGGCUGAUGCUGGACCUUUGCCUGAAAGCAGCACUUCACAAAGGAGAGAGUGUUCUCGAUGUAGUGAAUGCGCUCUUCUCAUUGUUUUCUGUUGCAAAUGACAACAGUAACAUCUAUCUUGAUUUUUAUGAACAUGUGGAGAGUGAGGGGUGUUCAAGUGUCAUUCCAAAACUGAGAGCACUUUUCCAGUCAGCUCCUGCGGUCUGGUUCAUAGACCUCUCGGAGAGAAAGGCCUCCAUCCUCCUGGAGGUGCUGAAGCUCCAGUCAGAGAAGAAACAAGUGGUGUUGACAGGCUGGUCACAUGAAGACAGUGAAGGGAGGAGUUUCCUGCAGUGUCUGCCUUACAUCUCACAGCUCAGUUUCUCUCCCUGGUCAACAGUCUCAGAUCCAUCUGAGUUGUUUGCCAAUCUGUUCUGUGCAGCAGCAGAGAGAGAACAGCAGACAGGAGACAAGAUCUUGGAGCUGUUAUCCUCAGUGUGCAGACAUGAAACCUUCCCUUUUUAUCACACAAACAUGGAUAAUGAUCUUCUGAGGAAAGAUCAGUGUGAUUUUCUGCUGGAUCUUUUCUUCCACGUGAAGGAUUAUGAGACUAAAACAGGUUUGAGUGUCCUUCCAGCAUUACAGUCAGUUUUCCAGUCAGCUCCUGCGGUCUGGUUCAUAGACCUCUCAAAGAGAAAGUCCUCGAUCCUCCUGGAGGUGCUGAAGCUCCAUUCAGAGAAGAAACAAGUGGUGUUGACAGGCUGGUCACAUGAAGACAGUGAAGGGAGGAGUUUCCUGCAGUGUCUGCCUUACAUCUCACAGCUCAGUUUCUCUUCCUGGUUUACAGGAGUCUCAGAUCCAUCUGAGUUGUUUGCCAAUCUGUUCUGUGCAGCAGCAGAGAGAGAACAGCAGACAGGAGACAAGAUCUUGGAGCUGUUAUCCUCAGUGUGCAGACAUGAAACCUUCCCUUUUUAUCACACAAACAUGGAUAAUGAUGAUGAUAAUGAAAUGAGGAAACAUCGUCUUGAAUUCCAGCUGGAUCUUUUCUCCCAUGUGAAGGACUAUGAGACUGAAACAGGUCUGAGUGUCCUUCCAGCAUUACAGACAGUUUUCCAGUCAGUUCCCAGAGUCUGUGUAAAGUACGAGGCAUCUGACCCCUUGCAAGUGCUGAACCCCCAGCCAUUGAAGGAUGUGGGGUUGACCGGCUGGUUACCAGUAACGUGUGGCAUGGAGAGUUAUUGGCAGAGUCAGCCGCUUCUGAUCAAGGCAAAAAGGGCCGAUGGAAUGAGAGCACCUUACAGACCAUCAAAUGACUCUGGUAUCGUAGAGGAGCCACACACAGCAGACAUAAAUAUGGACGUAUCUGAGGACGACACAGAGCUGAUGACGCCUCCAUCAAGCUUCACGCCUAAACUGCAAACUGAAUCUACGCGAGUCUCAUACAGCUUCAGGUGUCCUGGUCCAGGUGAGUUCCAGUGUGCUUUAACUGGACUGGUGUUUGUUAUGGCGCGUGAGGCGGCGCUAUUCUACAAGACUGUCCAAUGGGAUGAGAGCCUCCUCCAAAGAGCUGGCAAGAUAGCUGCAGGGCCGCUGUUCGAUAUCAAGUGUCCCGAGGAAGCCGUCUGUCAGCUCCACCUUCCACAUUGUGAAACAAACCAUGCUCUGCUCUCUGAUGGCCUGCUGUCUGUCAUCCACAUCACUCAUGAUGGAAUGAGUGUCCUCAAACCACUGGAGAUCACAGACACUCAUGUGAUUGUCAAAGUCCCUCAUCUAUCUUCCUUUGGCCUAGCCUGGCCUUUUGAUAUUUUAUGGAGAUUGUGGGACAACAGGAAACUAAUUAGCAGCCAAAUUUUGUUGUUCCUCCGACCACCCAACCCAAAAACACAGAGGAAAAACCUCAAUGUGUAUCUCCUGCCAAGAAACAUCCCCCUUGACGAGGUGAGCGUAAAACAGCGGAAUUCUGAGUACAUCGAGGCGCCAUCCAAAUGCAAACUCAUCAAAGAUCAGUGUUACUCUGUUCACUGUUCGCAGGCCUAUAAAAUACAACCCAACAAAGAAGAGUUUGACCUGGAUUUUGGACCAAAUUACCACCCAACAUUUGAGAUUCGCCUGCCUGCAGACACAGAAGAGGCGACUAUAACAGUCCGAGACCAAACAAAUGCAGUUGUCUGGGAGCGUGAAGUCGACCUGACUGGUGGUCCAAGAAGGGAAACUGUACAGAGGAGCGUCCCGGCAGAGGACAGCCUCGCAGCAGAGGACAGCCUCGCAGCAGAGGACAGCCUCCCAGCAGAGGACAAGCUGCUCUUAAUUCGGAGACAGUUUAUUUAUAGAGUGUCUGAAUCUGUUCUAAACGAGGUUCUAGAUAAACUUUUUGAGAGUGGCGUUGUAAAUGACGGCGAAAUGCAGUCACUCACACCUCAAAUCAAAACAGAAAAAGCCCGAGACAUGAUUGACAUUGUGCGAAGAAAGGGGACUCAAGCCAGCUCAAUUCUGAUUGCCGCUCUCCGUGAGGGGGACCAAUGCCUUUCCAAAGAGCUCAAAUUAAGUUGAAGCAGAAGUGUGAGAAGGAAUCUCUGUUUUACUGUUUCACUGUAAUCUUUAACUGAGAUGUUUUGUCGGUAAAGUCUGUGUUUUUAAUAAGUGGACUUUGACUCUUAAAGUGAACCACUCAAGUUUGGAAAAAAAAAUCCCUCCAUACUUAUUAUAUAGUGCACUACUGUCCACCAUUUUAUCUCUUUAAAUAUGUGUGUAUAUAUACUCACUAUGUAGAGCCCUCAAAAAACAAUACAAUGAUGUGAUCAUUUCCAAUGUGCGACUCAACAGCUGAUAGUGAUGAUCAUCAGUAAUUUUCUGAAAUCUGAAUUUAUUCUUCACCACAGAGUAAACAAGUGAACAAAAGAGUGAUUUCAGACAGUUUUGACGACACUGGAUGGAUGUUGAGCAGGAAAACAGUGACAUGGUGUCUUUUAACAUGAGGUAAAACAGCCAGAUGCAGAUCUAUGGGCUCAAAUUAGGGUCAAAAAGAUUUUGAGCCAGUGAUGUUAUAUAUACAAAUUAUAUACAAAUAAUAAAUGUUUGUUGUUGUAAAUAGGCCUGUGUAAUCUUGUAAAAUAAAUAUGCA